AUGGCCGAAGAUCCCAAGUCUCCCUCUCCAGAGAAGCUCUCCCCAGCACCAGAGGGCGAGUCUCUUCUGUCUCAACCGAACUCUGAUGCCCAAGGCCAGCUUACCGCGGCCGUUGACGAAUUGCUAGACCAGCUCCAAAGCAAGUUCGAGAAUGUCUCCACAGAGAUGUUUGCAAAGCUGGACGAUAUGACCAAACGCCUCGACGAACUAGAGGCUUCUCUCACUGCAUCCUCCGAUUCUUCUGCGACCCCAACCCCAAUCAAAUAA